AUGUUCGAUGCGCUUCGCCAGGGGACCGGAAGUGAUCUGCGACUGAAAGAGCUGCUGACACCUGAGACAUCAACCACAGACUCAGGAUCUGAUGGAAAUCCACCAAGAACAAGCCUGAGUCUGGAUAUGUUUCAAUCCACGUACCACGGACUAGCGAGGGAACCUUCUGACCUCAGCAUGCCUCUCUCGGGUUUGAGAUUGAGUAAUGGCGAAUCAAAGCCAGAAGACCCAUUUUGGACCCAUAUCUCUGAUGAGAUUGAUCAACUCAAUCACCUGAUGCGACGUCGGGAUAAUACCUACGCAAGCUCGAUCAGCCCAGAGAACAAGCAGUGUGACCGGCCUCGAGAGUGGGUUCCUCCCGCCGAUCCAGAACGUGAGCAAGAAGAAGACACCGUCGGUACAACCGAUUUUCACAAAGAAGCUGGAGACAAGAUCCUGGAAGCCCUCGAUCCGGACAGCCAUUGCCCAAUAUGUCAACUAAUGCCAUUUACAAAAUCCAGUCUAUUACAAGAUAUCCCAAUCAAAUGUACGCCAGCGACCGCUGUGCGGCAUCUGGCGCAGAGCUUUCCUACCAGAGCACAGAGCAAUGUCCUUUUCAGAUGUUGGCUAUCAGGAGUGUAUCCAAUUCUAGGCCUUCUGCUUCCCUCCGAGGUGAGCAAGAAACACGAAGAAUUCUGGGACCAGGUCGAGUCGAAUGGAUUCUCAGAGGCAACUCUCAGAGACUUGGACUUUUUGGCCGUGCUGCAUGCGAUAUGGUAUGCAGGGUCGUUGAGCAUUUCCACAAAGGGCCUUCGGCAAUGGUUUCCUCACAACUCGAGAGCCAGGCUUAGCACCCGUUUCCACGAUCAGGUGGUGUUUUGCCUUCUGAUCAGUUGCUUCGCCCAGAAUAUCAGCCUGUACAAACUUGCGGCCUUGGUCCUCCUGCAAAGUAUGCCAAUUGCUGAAGAAGAUCCGUUACAAAGCAGCCUGUACCUGUCGCUGGUGGUAAGGUUGGCAUUGACCAUGGGCUUACACAGAGAGCCCACUCUGUUUGGGCUAUCUGUAACCGAGGAAGCCAUGCGACGACGGCUCUGGUGGCAGAUCAUCCAGCUGGAUAUCUCUCAUGUUGUCGCGAGCGGCUACCCUUCUCAGAUCUCUGAGAAAUUUUGCGACACAAGAAUCAACUGCGAGGACAGGGAUGCUCGAGUGUCCGAGGAUGGAUCCACAGGCGCUGAUUCGGACAAGUCCUCGAAGAAUUCGUCGCCCUACAGUGCAACGUCGAACGGAGAGAGCAACCCAAGAGCCUUUGGUACAGGCUCACUUCUGGCAAGAGGGAAGUCGAUAAUGGCGUGUGCAAUGCGAAGCGUUGUGUCCCUUCAUCUAGAAACGAAAAGACUCACGAAUGGAGACAUGCAAGAAAUGAAAAGCAUCAUGACUGAAGCAGCAGUCCAAGUCAACGCGAUUUUAAGGUCGAUUCCCAGCAAAGGAUUGCCGGAAAUGGGAUUCAUCCCAGAUAUGACCAGAGAAAUACAACAACGUGUGGCAGAUACCGAUGUGCUGAUGAGCAGCCCCAUCACUUCGAAUGAUGUUGCGUUUUACAAGACCCCUGCCAACAAGAAUGAUAGCUCGUGGCCAUUGGCGGCCUACUAUCGUCAGAAGCAAACUGCCUACAACAAAUGGGCCCGAAUUCAUCUAUCUAUGCUGAUCGAUAAACUCCAUUGUGUUUCGUAUGCGCCAUUCCUGAAGAAUACAAAGAGUAAGCUGUGGGAUAUGGGCAGACAAUGUGCCCUGCAUAAUUGCCACAGCUUCCUAAGAAAAUUCAUAUCACUUGCAAGUGAUCCGGACUUGGAACCUUUCCGUUGGGGUUGGCCCACGGCGUAUGGGCCCCUCCAUGCGGCUUUGAUAGUUCUUGUUGAUCUUUACGAAAGGCCCACUAGCGUUGAGGCACCUAGGUCGAGAGAAUUAGUUGAUAAGAUGUUUGAGCUGGCAGCUCCCGGGGCUGGCAUCGUCGGCGGUCCCGAUGGUGUCACUGUUCAACGACCGCUACGGGAGGGUGGUGUUGAAGCGUGGGACAUGCUGCGAGGCCUUCGAUCAGCUGCCUGGCAAAGAGCAGGGCUCGAUCCCACAGUGCUUUGGACAGUGGCCGAUCAAGUCGAGCUUGGCAUCGCGAUCCCAUUGACGGAUGCCCAAAAGAUUGCUCAAAGUCUCCGGGAAGAUUCGAUUUAUGACACCAAACCCCUGGCUUCUGAACAUCCCGUUUUAUAUACGGAAGAUUCACAAACAGAACAACAGAUCACGGAACAAGGCGUCAAAUAUCUCGAGCAAUUGGCCCACAAAGAACUCGGUAGUGAAGGCAGUGGAACGGAAGGGCUCCUUUGCUCUCAAGCUUUGCGGAACAAUUUUCCACAAACUCUUGUCAACGACUCUGGAUCAAAUGGCGGCCGAGUACUGGCACGGCGUGACGGUCAGCCGAAAAUGCCAUUCCCCCUCAGCAAACGCAUGGAGAAAUGCUCUGGUCACGCAGCGGCCGCCGACUCUGCGCCGGUCCACACCUUGCAUCUCCAUUCACAUGUGCCCAGAGCGGAGGGGGAGCCUCGUGCAUGUCCUACACAGACCACGCCGCCCUUGGGCGGACUUGAAGCGACGAAUGGCACACAGACCGUGCCGCCAAAUUCGUAUGCAUCGGGUCAACAUAGCUGGGGGCAAAUGUCCGCCAAUGCUGUAACUGGCACGCAGCAGGAUUUAUUUAACAAUCAGUCACCGAAGCAGCAAACCGUUGAGGCAUCUUACGGAAACGGCUAUGUGAAUGGUUACAGCGGCGGACUGCCCGAGCACCAUGAAGAGUCACACAAGGAUCAGAGCUUCGUCUAUACCGAGUUACACCGGGGUGACACGGAUAUGAACAUGGGCUUCGACUGGGAGCGUUGGGAUUCUGUGUUUGGGCAAUACUCUGGAUUCACGGAUUUGAUGGAGGAUGUAACUGCAUGGAGUGACAUUCUGAUAUGCCAGAUGGAGUCCACCGACGAUCAGACUAUUUACACACCUGGGGAUGAUUUAUUCGACUAUUCCAAUGUGGUAACAUUCGCAGCCGGCUCUGGCAACAACCGCCAAUACUUUACAUUUGACGGACCACGACUCUGCCGUGAGUCUACGUACUUCGAGGGCCGGCUGCAUGGAGAUUCGCCCGAGGCAACGACUCGACAUUUUGACUUCGCAGACGUCGAUCCUGCCGCCCUCGCCUGUAUGCUGUACUGGUACCGUGGCUGGAGUUGUGGCUCCUGCGAGGAGGACGUCACUCAUAUCAAUACAACAUUGUCACUGGCCGAGAAGUGUCGCAUUCCCCGGUUCAAAGAACACCUGGUCAAGAAGAUGGAGGCACGAACAAACACUACGGACGUGGACAGGGCACAACGUGAUCUUUCAUCGUGGCUCUGUGGGGAUGACGAAGCGAAUGUUUCUGCCACCGACCUGGCCAAAGGUCAGGAAAGCCUGCCCUGA